UGGGCACAGCAGCAGAUGGCAGCCCUGCAGUCCAGAGAAGAGGAGGUACUCUUGCUGAAGAUUGAGGUGGCUUCUCUUAGAGAAAACUACCAGGCUAAAGUAACUCAGGUUGAGACUCUGUACUCACAGAUGAACGCUGUAGAUCAGAAGUACAGUGCAGCUGUUUGUGAAGUGGAUGUUUUGAGGCAAUGCUUAGGUGACGCACGGAGUGACAGCUCUCGCCUGCACAGGGAAAGUGAGCUGGUCGUGACCAAUGUGAACCAAUGGGUGAAGGAGCAAAAGAACACUAAUGAGAAACUGGCACUCAAGAUCAAAGACCAGAGCAGGACGAUCAUCCACCUGACAGCUGACAGAGAUCACCUUCAGGAGAAUGUAAAGAGUCUACAGGGGGAAAUCAGGAAGCUGAAAGCUGAGCUGGAAAUGGAGGGAAUGGAAGCAGAAAAACUGAUGUGAACAGUCAAAGAGCCAGAUUAAGAAGAAGAAAGCACUUCCUGACCAACUGCAGCUUAAGCGUGUGCCUGCCUCUGCCUCUGCCUCUGCAAGUGCCUGUACCAGGAUCUACCUGUAUUUCACAGAGUGCCUUGAAACCUUUGGAGAGAAGGUCACUAAAAAGACUCAUCUGUUGCGACAGAACUGUUUUAAACACAUUAUGUCCAAAACCAAACAAUCUCUUGAACCUUUUCUCAAUUUCUCAGUACGUUUACAGUACAUGCGCAAUUACAAUAGAGCUAGUAAAGCUAUAGUACAAGUGUGCUGUCCAGUCUUCAUCUGUCUGUCUAAGCCGAGGCUAAUUGUGGUCAGAUUUAGGUGUAUGCUGUGUGAAACUGAGCUACAAUCACAUUGUCUAGGUCUGUGAGUCAAACACUGCUUAAUCGGACUGGUAUGAUUUCAGGUGGGCUAAAGUGUUUACAUCAAAUUUGAAAAAGACAAAUUAUUGUUUUAGUCCGAAUGAAAUAAGAGUGCAUGUAAACGUUCUGAUAGACUCAAUAGGCCUGUAAACCAGUAAACUCUGAUAAUCCAGAGUUUAGGAAAAACAUUGAUAAAAAUGACAACUGAUUGCUUGCUAUACUUCUAAUAGUUGUUUUGAAGGAUGUUUAAAGUUAAAAAUCAUUAGAUGAAUUCAAAUUAAGAUGUUUUCAUUUAAUCCAGUAACUAGUUCAUGCCUAAUUUACGUUGAUAAGACUUGAAAUAACUUUAGUGCUCUGUGCUAAACCUUUGACUACUGAAAUAUUCCAGAAUUUCUUCAAAUGAAGAAUUAUUUGAUUAUAUUUAAUGUAAAUGAUACCGUGAGAUAUUUUCUAUCUGCUACAUUUUUACCACAAUUUUAGUUUCUAGAUUUGACAGUGUGUAAAUUGUAAUGCAGUUCAAGUUUACAAUGUGCUUCUGUUAUAGUUCUGUGUAGUUUGUGAUUGUGAAAAGUUAAAGGUUAUAUUUGUAUGUGCAUUCAAUCAUACAAAAUGUCUCAUAUAAAUGAGUGUCUAAUACAGUACAUUCCAAUAGAUAUUACAUCGAAGGCAAUGGAACGUUUUCAGUAAUGUGUCAAGUUCAGUCAGCCAGCUCGCAUUAAUAGCAUUUUUAAAUGAUGAAUUAAUGCCAUUCCUUAUACACUUUGCCGUCAUGCAUUCUGUCUAAACAAAAAUCAGUUUAUACAA